GUGUCGCAGCCCGUGAAGUGCGUUGGAUAUUUGGUGCUAAUUUUAUUUCCAAGUUACAAGGCAACGGGGAUGAAUGUUGUCCAAUCGAAUAUCUCAACUACGAUCCGGAGUUUCAAUAUAUCGGAUGACAUUCGAAUCGAAGUGAAAAAGUUCCGAACGGAUGCUGGGAUCGACGAGAUUGAUAUAGAGGAGGACGAAGAUGAUAUUUCUGUGAUACGAAAAAUCCACAAAACAUUCGCCGACCCGAACGAGACUGAGUUCGAUCCAGAAACGUUAAAAUCCAUUAUCGCACGGCUCGAUGGCAUCGAAAAGAAUUUAGAGAACAUCAUCUACAUGAACGCACAAGCAGACAGUCUUAGUGCGGUACAGAUGAAUGGUUUCAUGAACCGGCAGUUCAUGGCGGGUCCGCAAGGUUCAACAUUGACAGUGGCCCAAGCUCAGCCACAAUCGCCGCAAAUGGCGGUCGAACCAAUGGUGCAGGACGACAUGAUCGACGACAUUCGGAUUGGCAUGAGUCUGGAUGAUAAUGAACUGAUUGGGGACUUUGUUGAGCAUGACGAACUGAAGCUAGUCGAGUUUCCCAUCAAUAGAAUCGAUGAUUUGAGAGAAUUGGAAGAAUCGAUCACCAGUGAUCAGGAAUCGUUUGUUUCAUUUGCAAACUUUUUGGGAGCAACCGUGCAGAAACAUAGCCGUAAUCUGGAGCCAAUCCUGAAAGACUUUGUAACAGAGGGUCUUAUAAAUGAGCUUGGCUUUAACGAUGCUGAGAUCAACAUGAUGUCCUUCUACAUUUUCAAUCAACUGCUAUAUGAUAUCUGGAAAACCGAUUAUUCCACAAUGAAUGAUUAUCGGAAUCAGCUAAGGAAAAUUGCUUCCAAAAUUCAAAAUCGAAAUAAACCAUCAAAAACUAGAAUACAAUAAAAUUGCGUCAAUA